AUGCAACCGGCUUUCUUCCCGCUCAUCCUGAUCGCAGUCCAUGUGUGCGUACCGGUGGAUUGUAGACCGAAGCUCCCGGAUCAGGAGCAACACCAGGAGGGCAGCUUGAGCACGGGAACGCAUACAGGUACAUCGGGACGCGUCCACCUGGAGCUAAAUAGAUCAAUGAGACACGUCAUUCACAGAGACUUUCUGGUCAUUUUCCCAGUGAGAACGGAUACGAGCAGCUCUGUGUCAAUAUUUGAUCUGAGAAGAAGGAGAUUCCUGUGCAUGGACUCCACAGGAGAGCUGUUCAACUCUAGGCAAAAGGACAGAGAGGACUGUCUCUUCCAGCGCGUUUGGUUCGAUCUGGCCGACCAGCACGACCUGUUUUACUCCACAGGUGGGAACCGGCUGCUCAGACUGGUGGGAAGCCAGUCUCACUGGGAGCCGCCUGAACCCUCCUCAGCUCUAACGAAGAGGAGGCCCUCAACCAGGAGACAGAGACGGAGCGAGGAGGUGAACCCCUCUGAUCCGUUGAGAUCAGAGUCACAUCCACCGCAUUCUGCAAAAGAUCCCAAAGACGCAGACCACAGCCAGCCUGAACAGGACCGGGCCGGCGCCGUGUCCAAGGAGACCAUCACCUCCUGCGAUGACCCUCUGCGGGUUUUACAGUCCAAAGGGGCCGUCAGUCCCGUCAAAGCCAACAUCGCAGACAGGGCAGACCAAGACUGAGAUGCUGAACCUGGGUGGGGUCGGUGGAGCGGGGCUGCAGGUCUUUAUGGUGGGACGCCACAGAACGACUUGCAAAGAGUCAAACUGACGCGAGAGAGCGUUUCGCUCUCUCAUGAGGUGACAUGAAAGCAUUCAAUGUUUCACAACUUCUGGGAAAAAGAGCUUCUUCUUUUUAUUAUUAUUAAAUCAAAAACCUGUGAAGCUUUUGUGGAGCAGCUCUGCUCGGUUAUGUACUCAUAACCUGUUACAUCACAGCGGCUUGUCUUCUGUUUGAACAGCAGAUGAAGGAUAAGUUCGGCAACUUUUGACACAGGUUUGGUCCGGUGUCCUGCUGUCCUUUAACCUCUUCUGUCAGUUAAAUUUUAAUCCAGAUGUGGCAAUGCUUGUUUUGCAUAUAUGUAAAAAAAAAAAAAAAGAAAGAAAAAAGUGUAAUCUGUAAGUAAUUCUAAAUAUUUGCACAUAAAUGGGUUGAAGAAGCUAAACAAGAACCGUUAAACGCGAGUAUUCAUGAGCGUGAUCCACAUAUGUCGGGUGCUGGACACCAAUAGUCACAGCAAUGAAAGGUAUUUAUUUAUUGAAAUGUGUGAAAUGACUUCCUUCCUAGAAUACUCUUUUAUUAUUUAUAUAUUUCAUGCUGUGUCAUUGCUGAUGUGGAGAAAAUAAACGGUGACUAUUCA